AUGGGCCAACCUAUUCAGUCCCCAAGCGGCAGCGUUCGACAAAAGAGACUGCAUUCGAAAAUCGACCGAUUGGUCUCUACUAUUAGCGGCACAACUCUCAAAUCCACGUUCCUGCACGAUGUCUGGCCGAGAUUGAAGGGAGACUACGAGCUUAUGGUGAGCAACCUCAUCGCUCACUGCGAAAAACUCGUGGAAGAGAGGAAUAUAUCAGCCAAAGUCGAUGGGAGAGUCAAGGCUGCGCAGUCGAUUGACAAAACUCUUGAUCGCCGCCUGCAGCACCGCAUCGAGAACAAAUUGGGCGACUACACGAGCGUCAAGGAAAUAUUCCACGAUAUGCAUGACCUAGCGGGCAUUCGCAUCGUGGUCGACUAUCCUUCGCAGCUAGAGUUGGCAAACAAACUAAUAGAAGAGACAUUUGAACAGGCUAAGAAGCCCAGCAUCUUCAAGAAAGAACGGUCCGUCGGAAAGAGGUGGGAUGCUUGGUUCGGAGCCUACCAGAGCAAAAAUCACCACGUCUACAUCAAAGAAGGAACCCAGGGCACCCUUGAGGCUUACCGCGAUGUUAUUUUUGAAGUUCAACUUACGAGUCUGCCCGAAAGCUUGUACAACAAGCUGGCGCAUCCCCUACUCUACAAACAACAAGCCGGGCCCCUCUCUUCGGGGGAUGAAAUGGUCAUCGACCUUUCCCACGGCCUCGCGUUGUGUUACUCAAUUUGCCUAUUAUAUGCCCAAGACAAGCUUGAAAACAACGUAAAGCCUGACCAGGGCCUCAUGAGUGCAAUGAGGAGCGCGGCGAUUGAUGCCGAUUAUGGUCAAUCGGAGAAUAUGAGCCCAUUGCUCAGCAUGAUGCCCGACACGGUGAAGGUCCAAUUAGCUUCAGAUUCGACAAAAGAGUCAGGCAGCAAGGUCUCCACGGAAGUUCUUACAUCGACUCUUUCUGCCUUGCCUGAGCAGUGUCCACCGGAGCAACUCUGGACAGGCUUUGUCGAAAAGAUGAAGGGCUGGGAUUCGAAGCUGGAAGCUGUGGAGACUGCUGUGAAAGACCAAACGGAAGCCUUUCACCAAUACCACCAAGAUGAAACCGACAAGAAAUGUCUGGUCGACUUGAGAAUCAUCAAUCCCUCGUACCAGAAAAAGACAAUUGAAAAGACCAAAGGUGGCCUUCUCAAGGGAGCAUAUGAGUGGAUUCUUAGGCAUCCGGAAUAUCAGAGGUUCAGAAACGACAGCACCAACAGGUUGCUCUGGGUGAAAGGGGACCCGGGCAAGGGGAAAACCAUGCUUUUGUGUGGAAUCAUCGACGACCUAGAGAAGGAGAGCUUUGCGCCCGUCUCAUACUUCUUCUGCGAAGCUACUCAGGACAACUCGCUGAGAUGUGCCACUGCAGUGCUUCGUACCCUCAUAUGGCGCUUAUGCACAUCGUGGCCUCGUCUAGUCUCUCGUGUUCGAGAGAAAUAUGAUACGGAGGGUAAGGAGGCAUUUGAAGGCCCUGGGGCUUUGUUUGCGCUGGAAGAGAUCAUGGCGAAUAUCCUGCAAGAUCUCCGUUGCUCUACCGUUACUCUCGUAAUUGAUGCUCUCGACGAGUGCUCCCAACAUACAAUGCGAGAUCUAAUUCGCCUGAUCGUUGACUUUUCAAGGUCUUUCGAGGCAAAAUGGAUCGUAUCCAGCCGUAACUGGCCGAUGAUAGAGGAACAGUUCAAGUUGGCUGAAAAGGUCAAAGUCUCGCUGGAACUAAACAAGGACUCUGUGUCUCAUGCAGUGAAGUUGUUUAUCAACGACAAGGUAGCGCAGUUAGCCGAAAGAAAGGAUUAUAAUAUAACGACAAAGGCGCACGUGCUUGACAUCCUUCGCGACAAAGCCAAUGACACAUUCCUGUGGGUAGCUUUGGUCUGCGCGGAGCUUUCCAAGCCCCAAAUUAGGUCUUGGAACACGAUAGACAUACUAAAUUCAAUCCCAGCAGGUCUGGAGGAACUGUACAAGCGGAUGAUUACGCAGGUGCUCUCAUCGAUCAAUUCUUCCCGCUGCAAACAGCUUCUUGCCACGGCGUGUAUUGCCGCUCGCCCGCUAUCAUUCAGAGAACUCCCUACCCUUAUCCCCGAACUCAAAUCUUUCAAGAAUGAGCAAAUAGAGGAACUUAUUGGGGAGUGUGGGUCAUUCUUGUCCGCUCAGGGCAACCAUGUUCAUUUUGUGCAUCAAUCCGCCCAAGACUUUCUCGUCGGGCCUGAGGGUCGAGUUUUUCAGUCUACCAUCCAGGGUCACCACCUGCAGCUUUUUAGGCAAUCGAUGAGAGCCAUGCAGACCCUCAAGCGGAACAUGUACGGGGGUUCUUCACCUGGAGUGGUUAUCGAUGAGAUCAGCCGGAACGAAAACAGUCCGUUUUACACUAUCGAGUAUUGUUGCCUCCACUGGGUUGAUCAUUUGAACCUAGCAAGCCACGAAAGGAAGGCCCAAGAUGAUGAUCUCACCUGCACAUUCUUCAAAACGAAGGUCUUGUACUGGGUAGAAGCUCUUUGCUUUCAUGGGUACGCCAAAGAGGGCAUCAGCGCCGUACAAAAGCUUGGAUCCAUCGCGAAUUCGGACGAGUUGAAAGGCCUAUCCGAAGACUUGCGAAGGUUUUGGCUCACUUUCAGAGAGGCACUGGAUGUCGCACCCCUCCAGGUAUAUGGCUCAGCCCUAUUAUUCGCCCCUACAUCAAGCUUGAUCAGGAAUUCGCACGGGAGUAGCAUAUACCCUUGGGUCACUCUGAGGCAAAGCUCAUCGCAAGACCCAUCAGAAAGCUGGGGGCUCUGCAUUUCGACUCUUGAGGUCAAAAGGCUUCGGUCAUUCGCCCUCUCAACCGAUGGGCAGCAUCUCAUUUACGGCCAUGGUCCUAUUAGAAAUCACUUUGGCCUCAGGUUAUGGGAUUUUAAGUCAAAAGGUUACAAGCAUUCGGUCUCAACAAGCCAUUCCAUUGAGAGUGUUGCUAUCUCUUUUGACGGACGACAUGUGGCGGUCGCUGUCCGAUCAGACGAUCCUAGGGAAGUGAUUGCACUGCUGGAUUCAGAUUUGUCUCCGACCGAUAUACAAUUGUCUUUAACCGACACAUAUUUCAAAGAAGGUAACAACUUUGAAGUUUGGUCUCUUGCUUUUUCGCCUGACGGAACGCAAAUAGCCGCCGGCUUGAAGACGGGGUCUGUCCUAAUAUGGGAUUUGGCGACAGGUGCCCUUGUACAUAAACUGGUUGGUGAUGAUGAUGGAGCCGCUUCCUCAAUUACGUAUUCUGCAGAUGGGAAUCAAUUGGCUGUUACGAGAGAACACGCAACGGUCUGGGACCUAGUGAGCGGCCGAUACCUCUUCUCUACCGGUUAUUGUGAUGGGGGAGUGGUAUUUCUACCGGGAUCGAAACUAGCCACGGCAAAGUCUUCUGAGAUUCUAAUAUGGGACCUAGAGAAGGUUGGACACUUUCAACAGUCGCUGAGGGGGACUAGUACGGUACGUGCCAUUGCGUCGCUUGAUCUACCUGGACUGUUAUUUGCCUCUGCCUCGUUUAGUGGCGUUGUUAAGAUAUGGGAUCAAGCUUGCAAUUGUGUCAAAAGACUCCUCGGUCAUACAGGACCGGUGACAUCAUUAUCAUUUUCACCAGAAAAGGGCAUACUUGCCUCGGACUCAUGGGACAAAACCAUACGUUUGUGGGACAUCACAAGGGUUGUCAAGAUGUCGCAAACGCCCCGACAAGUUGCCCGGAACGCGCCCAGGGAUGAAAGCUUCAUGGCAAAAGAUUCUCAAAGUCACUCCGGUCAGGUUAGGGCAGUCGAGUUCUCCCCCAACGGCAAAUGGCUGGCCUCUGCUGCGGAUGAUAGGAGAGUUAAGAUAUGGGAUAUUCCAAGCCUUGCAUGCGUAUGGUCCUUGACGCCGCGGUUCGCUCCUCUGCAAUCCAGUGUGUUUCAAUUCUCCCCCGACAGUCGCUGGCUCGUUCUGAAACACCAGGGCGACAAUAACUCAUAUUUAUCGACGAUAUGGGAUAUGACAAGUCUAGAGCCUCCCCAGGCUUUCAGUUUCAAUGACGACAAAAAGAAUGACUACUACCAAAUCCUGGGUGGCUUCUCGCCCAACGGCCGACUUAUUUCUCUAUACAAAUAUGGUGCGACCCGAUUAGUGGAUCUUAAAACGAAGGGAAUGGUGCAACAUUUUCAGUUCCCACUCCCCACUCAGAUUUCAUCGUUUUAUGAUCUGAUCUUGACUCACGCAUAUUCAUCGGACAGUCAAAUAUUGGUCUUGGUUUCGGACAGCCUGGCUCGUGCUUACAAGAUUUCAACCGGUGAAGAGCUGUGGAGUAUCGAACACAACAUGAGUCAAGCACCUUUCAUAGCCCUGUCUCGAGAUUCAACACAUUUCGCCAUGGUCUCAGACCAAGAACUUCAUGUUUGGAAGGUAAACAAGUUGCCACCUAGGAGGCUUUGUGAACUCCAGUUUGCGGAAAGGGGGGUAUUUUCUGGCCAUGAUUGGAAAUUGGCCAUCAAUAGGAGGUGGCUUGUCUUCUGCGAAUCAUCACGCAUAAACACAUUCGACCUAGAGACCCAUACCUAUCGAUGGAGGCGUACUGGUGGCAUAAUCACCAGUGUCUCUUUUGAUACAUUGGAUGAGAACUGUUUUCAUACAAAUGCCGGUUCUUGGACUAUUGACAAAAAAGGUUAUGUCAAACCUACGGACUACGGCUUCAGCGCGGAUGGGGUAUGGAUCACGCUGGAUUCCAAAAGACUGCUCUGGUUGCCACCGCAAUACCGAGGAGUCUCGGCAUGUGUUAGGGGAGAUACUGUUGCACUUGGAAGCGCAUCAGGCUCCGUGGCCGUGCUACAUUUUACAAUGUGA